GGUCAGCUGAUCUACUGCGUCAUCAUCAUGUGUCCAUAGCAACUGUAUUUGGACUGUUGGUGUGGCUGCGAAUCAGACCGUUGCUGGAGAUCAUUUAUGUUUUUAUGUCCAAAUGCGAUGAUCUAAAGCGCACUGGAUGAUAUUUUAGGAUGGCGGAGAAGCGUCGCGCGGGCGUCGCGAUGUCGGGCAGCUGUGAAAGCGACGGCGCGUUCGCGUGUGAGUCUGGCGUGAGCGCGCUUCUCGGGUCUUCUCUGCUCACACUGGUGGAGUCCAGGCCGCGCGAUCCCGUCGGGUUCCUGGCCGAACACUUCGCGCAUCUCUCGGCGCAGGAUGAUGACGCAGGCCCGGAGCACCAGGCCGUGAGUCGCGCGCUCUGGAACCUGAGUCUGGCACAUCACUCACAGAGAUCAGCGUUCAACAGUAACGCGCGCACGGCGUUCGAUCUCCUGACCCGUGAUCGGGGUGCCGGUGUCGUCGGGGUCCGCGGGCGUAUCUACACCGAGAUGCUCCGGUGCCUGUGCAGCGAAGGCGGACUCUCCGGCUCGACCGCGGCUCCGCUCCUGCGCCGCGUCCAGUGCCACGACCACGAGUCCGUGCCCUUCGAGCUCUUCCGGCAGGGCGUCCUGACCUGCUCCGUGUUCUCCGACUACAUCCGUGCCUCCCAGUGCCUGUACGGGUCGGUGGCGAGCGCUUCGGACCGGCCGGCGGAGAGAGCGCUGGGUCAGGCGGUGCUGGAGACGCUCCGGGAGGCGCUGGAGGCGGCGGAUGGGGACGACGUGGGCCGGUACUUGGAGGCCAGUGCCAAGAUCUCGCCUGGUAAAGUGGCGAAGGCCAUGGCGGAGGCUCAUCCCGGGAACCAGCAGGAUAAUCCCGUCAUGGACGCGCAGGAGUUCGAAGACGCCGCCGCCGCGCUGUUCAUCACUCGAGUGCGAAUGGUGACCUGAGGGGGGAAAAAAGUAGAUCUAAAUCAAGACACAUUUACUGGAGAUGCAUAAUGACUGAAUUUCUGAAAUGAAGUGAGUUUGUGCUUAAAACAAGAACAAAUAUCCAAACAUUCUAAAAAAUCAAGACCUAGAUGCCAACAGAGUGUCGGCCAGGAUCCGGUCCACAUCCUGUAUGUGAGGAUUCAAUGCGUACCAGAUGUGGACCGGAUCUGGGAUGCAUUUACUGGAGAAGCAAAAUGACUGAUGUUGAACAAACAUCGGACACAUUUUUACGACUAUAUACAGACACUUUUCAUCAUCAAAUAAAAUUCCUUAUACAUAUCCACAAGUUUCCGAGGGGCGCUCCUGUAAAAAAUAAAGUGGGUGAAACUUCCGGCGAGGCGGCGGAAGUAGCA